GGUAACAAUACACAUUCUUUUCGACAAAACGUAUCCGGAGGUGAGUUAACUAGCGUUGUGUGUAUGCCAGUACAACAGAAGGUAGUUGGACUUGUUUAAGUGUUUUAUCGGUUUAAAUGUCUCAAGAUUCUAUCUGGUCGAGACCACACCACUUCUCUAUAGGCUGUGUGCAGGUAUAGCCUUUCUCUCGUGUCCCCUUUAUCUAUCCAGGAGGUGUACCCUGAGACCCGAAUAUUUAGCCCUGAUAGUUAAAAUGUUUGGCAUGUUGCAUGUCCCGGAUUUCCAAAGGACAUAACCAACGGACACUACACCCAACUCCAAAUGGACUUAGUAGCCAAUGGAUUGGAUAGGUAAUGCCACAACUACUGAUAAGUGACGAGUUUUUGUGUUUAUCAGGAACCGAUUGAAAUUCUGGACAAAUAUUUUGAUUGACUGCCAACACAGGAGGGGAAGUGAAUUCGAUAAAGAUAUACCAUUGUUCAUUUAACAUACCGAAGCAACACUGCUUAAGCGGAAUUUAUGGAACAGAUGUUUGAUUUUCAACGUCUUCAAAUUAACAGUUGUCAUUGCUUCAAUUGAACAUGGUGUGUUAUUAACGUUUGCUAAAAUGGAUGUAGGACGGGCAUCAACAGGGACCAGGAGUAAUAACAAAAAGGUUGCUCCUGAGUUGGGACGGUUGUUCGCCACCUAUCAGUUGAUUCCAUCUUUUAAACUCUCGGAGAAGCAUCACUGUUAUGUUGAUUCCCUCCAUGGAGUGGAUGAACUUCCGGAACCAAGACCUCCAUCUGUGCUCAAAGACGUCAUAUUUGAUCCAAAACAGUAUUCUGCUGUGGACAUGAGAGCUGUUCAGGCUCCUGCAAAAUUGCUUAAGCAACCAUUAUCUACGUUGGUGGAGUAUUUGACAGAAGGUUAUCAGGACGACAUGUCCAAGAUGCGCGCCAUCUACCGAUGGGUGACAGCUCAACCUGUCGAUCAACUAAGUAUUGAGAAGAAGGAACCGCCCCAUUCGCAUACACAGUUCCAGCUUUGGCGAAUAAAACACCGAAAAGGAAAUUAUGCCCAGCUUGUCAGUCUGCUGUGCAGAUUUGCACAAAUUCCCUGUGUUAUAAUACACGGCAAGUUAAAGGGUUCCACAUACGAGGUCGGUGAGCGGAUGGAUGACGAACAGCAUUAUGGGGAAUGGAAUGCCGUCCUCGUGAACGGCGACUGGCGCUUUAUCAAUGCCUAUUGGGGCACGUGUGCCGAGGGUGGAGUCGAGGACACCAAAUGGGAAGUGGUUGAAAGAGGAGGCGGGGAGGACGUCAAAGGAGAACAAAUAAGCAAACAGCUUUUCUAUUCUUGUGACGAGAACUACUUUUUAACAGAUCCUGAUCAAAUGGCCAGCACUCAUCUCCCAAGUGAUCCGAUUUGGCAGCUUAAGAAUAAGCCUGUAUCUGAGGAGAACUUCGAGGAAAGAGCAUUCCUGAAAGACAGAUUUUACAAUUUGAAGCUAAAAUUGAUAUCGCCACAACAAUGUGUUGUACAUGCUACCGGGGAAGUCGAGAUCAAAUUUGAACUUCCAAAAGAUAAGUGCAUGGACAUGGAUUUUCAGUAUUUAAUGUUUAGACUGAAGCGCACCUCUUCACAAGGUUCUCUACACAGAUAUGACCGGUACGUGUUCCUCCAUCGGCUCAAUGAAACUAUUCUCGUCAUCCGGAUUCGUUCACCUGUCGUCGACACGUUCCGAUUUGAAUUAGUCGGCAAGGACGUAACAGUGGAUGACCCAGCUUACGAUUACGAUUGGUUGACAAUAUUCAAAAUCAUAUUUACUACCGAGAAAGAGAACUGUGAGCCUUUCCCAGAAUGUCCUGUCAUAGGUUGGGGGCCAGGUCGGGACACAAUCGAAUGCGGCCUUGCUCCCAUGAGCCACUUUGCCGGUGAGAUUGAGGCCAAGGACACCGGUGCAUUGGAGGUGAAAUUCAGUCCGGUGGACGGGAAAGACUGGAGCGCAAAGUCAGUGAGGGCGGAGUUAGUCAAAGGUGGAAAUACCGCGGAGGACUUAUCAGAUCACGUUGUGCAAAGGUACGAAAAUGGCGACAUCAUAUUCAAUGUGAACACGCCGCGUCAGGGAGAGUACGCCCUGAAGUUGUAUACAAAAGAGAACGGAGAGGAAGUAGACCAAAACUUUUGCAACUAUCUCGUAACCUCUAGACAAAUAGGUGAGAAUUUUGCCUUCCCUCGUGGUUUUAAUGAGAAACUCGGUCCUAAAAAAGGAGCGAUGACAGCGGGGAUUACGGCAAUAUCACAUCCUUCGGGAUUUAUCCAGACUGAAGACGAAGAAAUUGUGCUUGAAUUCCAGAACGACAACAACAUUGACCUUUCUCUGAAUUUAUCAGGCAAGAUGGUUAGACCCGAAGUGGCCAAGAGACUGAUAACCCAGGAACAAGAUGGCAAUAUUUGUCGGUUCACUGUCCGUUUUCCCCAGAACGGAAACUAUGGACUCAGACUGAAGGGCAACACAGGAAAGGGAUUCGAAGACAUGUACGACUAUGUAGUAAAGUACAAGAAAAACCGAACAAAAAGGACACAGGUAGUUCCUGCAGCACAAGCACAGAUUGGCAGCCAGACAGCCACGUCAGCUCGACCGUCGGAUCAACCACCAGCUGGGGGAGUAAGAGAGAAGUCCCUGGGAUCUCAUUUGCCAAAUCAACUCCGUGAGCGUAUCAGGAACGCCAUUUACGAGGAGAACGAUAAGGAUCUAGAAUCAGCAGUGGAGGAGCUGAAAGCGCUAGGUCUGCCUACAACAAAAAAUGACAUAGAUAUAGCUGAAAAGGAAUUGGACGUCUUCCGAUGUCGACGAGAACUGGUUGAGGCAACAACUGAGAAGGACAUGCAUAUUAUACGCGAAGUUUUGAAAAAAGUCCGGGAGAAGCAGCUGGAAGUCAGACUUGAACGAGAGGUCGUGAAUGCACGCAGCAUGCUUGAAAGGAUUCGGAAUAUCAACAAACUUUUGCACGCUGUUCUCACUCUGGACCAGAAGACGAUAGCAGAGAUCCGCUGUUACAAUAACCCCCCUCCUGCAGUUCACAGGGUGAUGAUGGCAACCCUGCUUCUGUUGGGCCAUUGGGAGGAGGAGACUGAGGAAUGGAAAAAUGUCCAAAUAACCCUGGGUAAACUUGGAAAGGAAGCCAUUAAACGUAGGAUACAGGAACUAAAUGUGGACUCUAUCGCCUUGGAUGUUGCGCUUGGUGCACGUGAUCUGAUACGAGACUUCUCCCUGGACCAGGUUCGCAUGGUCAGUGCAGGUGGCGCCACCUUCUAUGUGUGGGUAAAGGGACUGACCGAGGAACUGGAGAAGAGAAACGCUGAAGUAAUAGAUAGUGUCAGGCCAAGGACAUCUAAUAGACGGAAACGUGAGCGGACCAUGUUUCCAGUAGAUUGACACGUGAACAAGUGAAACAACGGAAAAUCAAAGGACGACAGGAAUUAUGUCCCUUGUUUAAAAAGGAUUGAUAAGAGAAUUACUUUCCUUUUAAUGAUGUGCCUUUUCAGUUGUAAACGUCCAAUGUCUAUUUGUAAAUAAUGGAUAGAAGACAUAGGUUUCAUUAUGAAUUGUAUAUAUUAGAGUACAUCAAACUUUGUUCAUAUUUAACACACAUGUAGUAUAUUAACUUUUUUCGAGACUUUUGUUCUGUGUUUAAAUAAAGAACGUUAUGAGGGUUGCGUCCCUUUUAAGAUAUGCUUUGCAGUUGUAGACGUCUUGUUUCUCUUUGUAUAUCAAUGACAGAAGACAUAGGCUACAUUAUACUUUGUGUUUAUUGGAAAUCACAAACCUUUGCAUAUAUUUUACAUACAUGGUAUAAUGAUUUGUUUCACGUGAACAUACUUUCACAUGUUUAUAGCAUGUGUAUCCUUUUGUCAAUGCAAUAUGUUCUGUUCAGGUUGACGUUUUGUAAUUGAUUUGCUGCACGCUUAUCAUUAUUUUGAUAGAUUGGUAAAGAUAUCUAGAUAUCUAAAAAUAGUGUUUCAUUCGAUUCGUCACUUACACGUGUAUUCUAUAAAGGUAUUGGUGCUUAGUAUAAGGGAAAUAAAGGUAAAUUUAUGUUAUAUAUAUAUAUAUUUCACCAGUUUCACAGACAUACGAAUACAGUUUGAAUAUGUCACUACAAUGACAAAGUACGAAUGACUUUUACGAGUGCGGCGGUAUAUACUCCAAUAAGAACGGCAGUACAUCGUGUUACACGGAAAUGGUGUACAAAGUGAAAACGAUGAACACUACAACAGAGAACGUGUUACCGUGUCAAACAAGUGGAAGAAGUAAUAGGCAUAUGCUGCGUCAUAUUAUAAUGACAUCAAGCUGACGCCAUAUUGAAAAGACUUUUUUACUUAGUUUUGCUUAUACCUAGUAUUUACUACUUUCUUUCAUGUAGUUAUCAAAUCGUGUAAAUAACUGAACAUAUUGAUGAAUGUAGCAAAAAUGUACCAAAACAUAUUUUUUUUUCUGAAGUCCCUUAUCAGCAUGUGAUCAGAAAAUCUGCAUCUUGUGAUUUGUAAUACUGUCAUCUAACUUUUCAACACGAAUUGGUGAACGGCUAGAGAGAACGGUGAAAGAGUAAGAAUGUGUUUUUCGUUCGCCCUCUGACAGAAGUACACUUAUUCAAUAAUGGAGUAAAACAGCUGUAGUUAACUGCAAAGAUUACAUUGUAAAUGCUUUUAUUUCUCAUCACCAGGAUGACCAUAUACGUUCGAUAUUUCAUAACAUUCUUCCCUCUAUUUUGAAUAAUAAUGCUUGCAAAAAUAUGUUUAUAUUAUUCUAUUUAUUGUCAGAUUCAUAUCUUACAGUUAUAAAACAAAAAGUAAAUAUAUGAAAUUGCACGUGCCACACUUAUUAAAAAUGCAAUAUAUAUUAAAUAUAUUGUUAUUCCCGUGAACUCCUUAUUUCUGUUUAUCAUCCAUAACCCGUAACUUUGAGAUUCUUUUCCAGUAAAGCUCCGAAAAUCAAAUAAGUGCAGAAACUUACUAAAGGUAACAAAACGAGUAUAUCUGCUCGGGUAAAAAGAUAUUGACAGUACCGACACUUCCACAGUGAAGCCUUAAUAACAUACACAUUUUAGAUUCUGGCAAUAUCUCAAUGUUCAUGAUAAAGAAUAGGAGAUAUUUGACAAUAAAAUCUGAACACAAUUCCAGUAGUCAAGUAAUCUUUUGUAUUUCUUAUUUAUUUCCUUUUACUUUGAGUUGAAAUCCUACAUAAAUACGUUUAUUAAUGAUGUUGUGACAUGCAAACCUUGUACUAUUGUUUGAUCGAUACUUUGAUAAUAGUAAAUAAAUGGCAA